AUGCCUAAAUCUAAUAUGAAGUUUCCUAUGAGAGUUGUCAACCAUGGAGACUACUCUACCAUGGAGAUUGUGAUCUCAGAUGAAGUCAAGGGCAUGUUCAAUCAUGUUGCCUCUAGAAAGGUCUCCAAAGCUCCACAUUACCCUCCACCUGUCAACAAGCGCUCUCACUCAGAGAGUCUUGCCCUUCAACAAGAAAGCAGAGAGGACACUAUGGUCCUUAGCCUUCUAGCUAGAAUGGGUAUGGAGAAGCAGCAACAGAGUCUUCAGGAUCACAUCAGCUCUCCACCUUCACCACUCAUCUCUCACAUAUCUCCUCACUAUUCUCCUUACACUCCUCCCCCUUCCAUUCCUACCAACCUCCACUUCCGCCGUACUAAACUCCUCAAGCGCAUCAAGGAGUUUAGUCCUCUGCUAGAAGCUGUCAAAAUUCGCUUGGAUCCUUUUAUGCAGAAACUUAUGGUGGAAGAUGAGAGGGAGUAUGAUGGACUCACUAUUAGAGUACCAAAGGAAGUAAGGGACUACCUAUUCACUUUUCAUGAAAGGUUUGAGGAUUUGUACCAAAACUUGGAGGAGAAAGGUCAUAAACUGACCAACAAGCAGUGGAGAGAGUUGAAAGGAGCACUUAAAAAAAUUGGAGGAAUAUCUUUGGUUAACCUUGAAGAUAGACUCUUAGAGAUCUGUAAAGAAUUUGUGGCUCUAGAACCAACUUUACCAUAA